CUAUGGUUGCUCUGACAUUACUGUUUUUUUUUCUAGCCUGGUGGCUAUAAUUAUACAGUUAAAAAUCUCUAAUCCAACAGGUAAACAUCAGCUGGAAUAAAGUCCGGAUGGUGAUUUUGUAUUUUAAAUAAUGCGCUUAAAUAAUACUGGUGUCGCGACAGUACGUGAACUAGCCGUGAGGGUUUUGGAAGUCGUUGAGUCUGCAGUCGAAUGGGGUGCGAUGUGACGUCAACACUUCCGCCCUGCUCGCGCUCUGCGUUGUGCGCCUUCUCUCUGCUGCACAAUCCAACAUGGAGUAAUGAGAGAUGGGGCUCGUACGGGGCCACCCUCAGCAACAUCAACCGCGCGUUUAGCACCGCAGCCAGGCCGGAACACAUGCAAAUGCAGCUUACGGGAAAAACAUAAACCAAGGGUUAUUCACUCGCGUCUGCGGAUUUGGCAUCCUUGAUCGUUUUCAUCAGCAAAUGGUUAGCUCCGGAGGAAAAAAAAAGAGAGAGAGAGAGAGAGCCACGGAAAGCCAUCAGGAACGGAGGGACGGAGAGGAGAACAAAAACAAACCGAAGAGGAAAAAAUCGCUGAACAAGUGACACUAGUAGUGCGAUAUAUGAGGGGGUUAUUUUGGGGCAAGGAAAAAAUGACGAGCGACAAGAGUGCACCCGCUGUGGGAUUUUGUGCUAGGUGAAUCGAGAAAAUGAUUGAAGAAACACACCCAAACGAUGAUAGUUACAUUGUACGCGUCAAAGCAGUGGUAAUGACCCGGGAUGACUCGAGUGGGGGUUGGUUAGCACAGGAGGGUGGAGGUCUUAGCCGAGUCGGUGUCUGCAAGGUGGCACCCGCUGAGCUGAGCAGCCACAGCGACUUCCUUAUCCAUGGAGAGCGGCUUAAAGACAAGCAGGUGGUCCUGGAAUGUUUUGUGAGGAAAGAUCUUAUCUACACCAAGGCCACACCAACGUUUCAUCACUGGAAGGUUGACAACAAAAAGUGUGGCCUUACGUUCCAGAGUCCAGCUGAUGCCCGUGCUUUUGACCGAGGGGUCCGGAAAGCCCUGGAGGACAUAACAGAAGGUUCUACAACUUCCUCUUCAACACUCCAAAAUGAAGCUGAACUGGGAGAUGACGAUGUUUUCACAACUGCCACUGACAGCUCAUCCAACUCAUCCCAGAAGAAGGAGCAGGCCAUGCAGCCCCUGACCACCUCCACCUUCUAUGAACCGCACCGACAUCACCAUCACUACAUUCUGGGUCACUUCCAUGAACAGUACAGGACCUCAGAGCGCUACUUUCUUGACCAGGCAGCGCCCAGGUUGGCGCGACGUGUCAGCUUCCUAGACGAAGAGGAGGAGGUUGUACGCAUAAACCCACGUGAGCGUGCUUGGCUCUCAGGCUAUGAGGACUACCGGCAUGCAGCAGCACGUGCUCAGGGUCUUGACUCGUACGUGCAUUUCGAAAAGGUCGAUGCACCAGCCAAGCAUGACUACAGCUAUCCGUAUACACCAGGCUCGGAGCUGAGCAAGGGCCCUCGCCGAGGCUCCGGGAGUGGGGCUGUGGUUUCUCAGCCAGUCAGCUUCAAACACAAGGAGGAUGAGGAAGAGGGUUUGGGCGAGCGACGACACUGUGUCUAUUGUGGCGUUUUUUUCCGGCAUGAGGAGAACGGGCGCGGUCGCUGCCCUGACGCUCCGGACCCAGCACGUUCAUGCAUACGGCGCUUCAGCUGCAUGUGGUGUGCGGAUACUGUGCUCUACCACUGCAUGUCAGACCCGGAGGGAGAUUACUCUGAUCCCUGCUCAUGCGACACAGCCGACGAACGUUUCUGCCUGCGCUGGCUCGCCCUACUCGGCCUUGCGCUGCUUGCGCCCUGCCUCUGCUGCUACCCUCCUCUGCACGCCUGUCACCGAUGUGCCGUGGCCUGUGGCUGCUGUGGUGGGAAGCACAAGGCCGCUGCGUGACCCCUGACAAUGAUCUCGCCCAAAAUAUCACAUGUUAAAUGGACCCAUUGAGGCGGGCAACAGGAGGCAAGAAGAAAGUUCAUCAUGUCUUUUCAGUUUCUUUUUCAGUCUGUCUCAAUUCCUGCUCCAGACAGACAAAAAGAACAAAAAAUGGUGCAUUUAACUGGCUUGAAUAUUUCUUUUUUAUAUGUAAUAAUGAAUAUAUAUAUAUAUAUAUAUAUAUAUAUAUAUAUAUAUAUAUAUAUAUAUAUAUAUAUUUUAUAAAUGUAUGCGUGUGUGUGUGUAUGUGCAUUCCUGUGUAUGUUUUCUUUUCUCAUCUUCUGGAUGUUCUCUUCAGUUCCUUGUGAAAAAAAAAACAAAAAAACAAAACAGCUCUUGUUUGUUUCAAGUGGCCCUUUUGGAGCUGACUUGUUAAGCAUUACUUAUGCAGGUACUUUAUAUUUUUACACUGAUUUUUAAUUUCAAGAACUUGAAUUCUUUAUUUUUAAUGGUGCGUGCAUUUGAUUGGAGAAUCAGUCGUUUGAAUUCUGGGUUUGUUUGCCAUGGCCGGCUACGUGAGGUGGAUUGUGUCCGGAACCCUCAAAACAUACAAAAUAAUAACAGUGAGAGAGAGAGAUUAGCUCGAGACACUAAACCUGUAGUGAGGUUCACAGUGUGCGCUUGAUUGGGACUGUGUGUGCCCGUGUGAGUGUGUGCGUGUGUGUAUGCGUGUAAUAGUGCAGAAGCCUGCAUGUGUGUUGUAAAGGAAUGAGAACAUUGUAUUACAGCAUAGUAUUGUUGUUAUUGUAUUUAAGCCAAAUUUACAUAAGCUGCAUUGUGAGUAUAUGUAAAUACUGUAUACUCAUAUGUAUAUGUCUAAAAUUGAUUAUUAUAUUCACAACCACAUUUGUGGUCAUAGUGGAUAAAUAGAAUAGUGGAUAAGGAGCUCUUUUAAAUGACCAUGAUUGAUAUCCAAAGAUUUUUUUUAUUAUUAUUUUUUUUUUUUCCUGUUCUAUUUAUUUUCUUAAUCAAUUGAAUCACCAGCCAAAGGGAGAAGGAAAUAUGAACAUAAGGUUUGGCUUUUGAACUAGAAGCCUUGUCAUAUGAGAGAGUAGAAGGAGUCCAGUUGGAACAGUGUAUAUUAUGCUUGGAGUAAAAUGCAUAACGAGUAUCUGCUUUCCCACUCCGACAUGUGGCUUUUAACACUUAAAAACGAGUGGAAAAAGUUUUUCUUUUUCUUCUUUUCAAAAUGACUCCUGCUCUAUAGGAAGCCUAAAAGAUCAGGACACCUAUUACAGGGACAUUUGCCAAAAUGAUCUCUAACGUUACUCAAAGCCUUAAUUUUAGUUCAAAUAAUAAUAAUAAUAAUAAUUCAUAGUGUCUGCCACAACGUUUGCUCAUAAGACAGACACAUUUUUGUGAAUUCUUUUAAAAUCAAGAGAAAGUGAAGAAUAUUUUUGUAAUAUAUCCGAUAUGAUCACAUCAAAUGAGCCUUUUUUUUUUUUUAAUUAAGAGAAUGUGUUAAAAAUGUAGAGGGACACAGUAGGGUUAAAAGGCAUCGUACAAUCUGAGAGGCAGCUCUGUAUAGUCUGUCUCGGACAUUAUAACCUGCUCAAACCCAUGAAUGACAUCAUCCAGUUACGGUUCAAAUAAAUCAUGCAAUGAAAAAAUACUAUCUGGUUUAGCUAGUGAAGCUGUGCGAGUACGAUUCCACAUGGCUAUUACUAAUGUCUGUGUUGUUUAACCCAUAACGUUCAACCUGCUCAUGGGAGCUACAGUCUCGGUCAUGGAGUGUGUCGUGUUAGUACGUUACAAACACGUAGAAUGUCUGUCAGUACAUGGGAGAUCAGGGAGGAGUGUCACUGUAUCCUUCAUCCACAGCACGUCCUUUUGGCUCUCCAUCAGCUUUGGCAAUACUGAAUAAGCAUCAUCUUUUUCACUAAGAGCCCGGGAUACCUGUGGUUAAAAAUAAAAUAAAACAUAACAACAACAACAACAAAAAAGAAGUCUGUACGUCGGUCACAGUGCAGUCUUGCUACUAUACACAUUUUACAUGUUUAAAAAGUGCCUGAAGCAUAUUGUUAAUCUGUCUCCUUGUAUACUAAAAGAAAAAUUAAAUAAACCCUAUUGAUCAGUUUUGUUUUUUACAAUAAGAAUUUUUACCUCUGUAAAAAGCAAAAAAAAAAAAAAAAAAUCUAUAUCAAGUGUAUGAUGUACAUUUUUAUUUCAAUUUUUUUUUUAUUGUUUCUAACAUGUAUGUUCAAUGAAGCUCUUUGCUUACGAGAGGACAAAAGGAAGAAAGUACUUUGUAAAUACAGGUAGAUUGUGUCAGAACUACAAGAAGUGUGGCCUGGCCAGUAAGUAGUUCUACAUGUGUGUCCUAGCUCCCAAUAAAAAUAAAACCGAAAUUA